AGCUUUAUUACGUCCUGAAGUUUGGUUCAACAAGCCUGCUGCUGUUAGUUUUUCAAGGACCGCCCAGCAAGUCUUGUACUUCAAAAUAUUCCGGUGGCAUACGCCAGAAUUUUAUCUGCACGCCUGCCAGGAGAGAUCGUCUUGUGAUAUAUUGCAUAAUUUUUUCUUCUUCAAAGUUUGUGGUUUUGUAGCGUUGUGUGAUAGAACGUGCAGAAUGGCACCAAAAUCGAAACGUUUUAAGAAUACGCGGAUGUUUGAUAAAACUCUGGAUCCGUACCGUAAACUUAGUUUCGGCGUGAUGUGCCAGAGUUGAUACCGAAAUGUGUAAUAGUUGUUGAUUUUUUCGCCGUCGAUGUUUCGCGACACAUGCAUCAGAAGUAGGGGGAGUGUGGAGCAGUAUGAGGUGUCGCUGAAGAAUAUUCUUGUUAGAAAAGAAGUGGAUGCUGUGUCGCGGUGGCUUCGAAUUGUGGACCUCGCAUCCAUCGGAACGCACAAGUCUGCCAGACAGAAACUGACGUCGCCGAAAUGGAACCGGUUCAAAGGAAUUCGACUCAGAUGGAAAGACAAGAUUCGGCUCAACAACGUUAUUUGGCGUUGCUGGCACAUGCAGUUCAUCAGGAAACAGAACACGCUGGUGUGUCAGUUUGCGUCUCCACUGGAUGUGAACAUGCACGACAAACCUGAGGCUGUGGUGUUGGAAGGAAAAUAUUGGAAGCGCAAACUAGCGGCAGUCACAGCUGAAUACAAAAAGUGGCGAAUGUUUUACCGCAACAAGUUCAUGGGCUGGUCGUCCAAAGAUGGCAAUGACAUGAUAACAGACAUGUUCGACUGGCAGCCACACAGCAACGACAGUGUUCACUCAAUGGGCUCCAUGAUGGUGGAUGAAGACUAUAUGGAAUUCAUGUCAGACACACUUUUUUCUACUAUCUCAGCCAAUCAGCCAUUUGCCUUUCCAGACCCACGUGAAAUAACUCGUAAUGCUGGUGGUAUCGCAGACUUCAUUCAACCCAGCCUAGUUCAACUCCAGCCAAAUCUUGAAGACUUUAUGGACACCUUGGAACCCCUUCAAGAUUUACUAAGUGCAAAACUACCAUCUGUCCCUGAGGAGUAUAUACCAGAUGACAUAUUUCGUGGGAGGGGCGUGGGAUUGGAUCUCAUGGGCAUCCAGCAACAAACCACAGUGUCUGAGGCACAGGUGUCGCAGCCUCAACCCAUUGUGCAGCCACAACUCCAGCAGCCGCCCACGGGCAGUCCACUGCAGUACACUGCCACCAUCUUUGCUCAAACAGAAACGGACACUAGCUUCCAGCCUUCUGGUCCCAGUGCCUUCCAGCUGGUUGCUGGCCAGACAACGUAUGAAGAAGUUCCAGCAGUAGGAAAGGUCCGCUGUCUUCGUUCAUCGCAGCGAACUCAUCAACAGCAACAGAAGCAACAAACACAGCCAACACCACCGCCCAUGCCACAGCAGUCUAAUACAUUAUUUCAACAGCCAUCUGGUACACCACAGCAGCAGCAACAGGUGGUUCUUUGUUCGCCAGCACAGUACCAAGCCUUCAAUAUGGGUGAUCAAGUUUCACCCAGUUCUCCUUGUCAUUCACCCCCUUUAAACCCUCCGCCAACCCCACAACUUACGAAUUAUGCUCUCUCUCAGAGCUAUAAGCAGCCAUAUCACCAGACUAAUCACCAACAGCAGGCUGGCUUCCCGAGUUUUCGUCUCUCAUCCUCUCCAGUGGCCGCGUCACACAGUCCCACACCUGGUUCAGAGCCGCCCAAUCUUCGUCAGUCAUUGGCAUCACCCACUCUUAAGAGUCCAUCAUUUAGGUCCAACAGUCUACCUGGACUGCAGGAUGAUGCAUUUGUGAUGCCCAAAUACAACCAACUGAAGCAGCGUAAUCGCUCAAGGAGCGGCUCAUCACUGGCGUCAGUUAGUGGACAACAGCGCCAGCAUCCACCUCCUCUAGUGUCUCAUGCCAGUGAUCCCACCCUUGCUACUUCCCUGUCAUUGAUAACCCCAAACCCUCCCUCUCCAUCAACUAGCACCAGUACCCUUCAGCCCCUACUCGCACAGCUUCUUACAAAUUCAGUGGGUAUUUACAAUUUUACUGGUGCCUCAGACAAAGUAAUUGGAAGGACUCAGUCAGUGGUUCCAAUCCUUCCCGCACUCAGUCCUGUGUCAUCUCAGCCCGCGACAACUCUUCUCAUCACCACCUCAACCCCAGUAACAGUAGGUCAGUCGAUGGCACACGCUUCCAGUCAGUUGUUACUUGGGCCAUUGGGUGUUGGAGUUGGGGGUAAUGGGGGGAAGGGACCUGAUUCGCCUAGUGAAAACUCAGCUGUGGCUUCUUCCCCUGCGGGACUGAGCCUUUCACCCCUUCCCUCACCUCUCAGCAUGGCAUCAGUGGGCACUGCAGGCCCCCUCUCACCUUCCAGGUCAACAUCCCUGCAUUCAAGAGCAGAGGUGGAUAAGCGCGCACAAUCACGCCGCAAAAUCAACACUCCACCUAAGGAUCGCCGUACAUGUCACAUCAAUGCCGAACAGAAGCGAAGGUGCAAUAUCAAGAAUGGAUUUGACAUGCUCCACUCUUUAAUACCACAGCUCAAUCAGAACCCUACUGCAAAGCUUAGUAAAGCAGCAAUGCUUCAGAAAGGUGCAGACUACAUUCGACAGAUGCGGGCGGAGAGGUCUCAGCUCCAUGAUGAGAUGGACAGCUUGCGCCAGCAAGUUGAGUGCCUCAACACUGCUAUUAGUAACUGCCAAGCCAUGCUACCAGCUACAGGAGCACCAGUGUCACGUCAACGGGCCAGCAAGAUGAGGGAGAUGUUUGAUGAGUACGUUCGGAUACGAACGCUUGAAAACUGGAAAUUUUGGAUUUUAAGCGUUUUACUGGAGCCUCUCCUUGUGUCAUACAAUGCAGCCAUCUCAACAGCUAGUCUGGAGGAUCUAUAUCGUUCAACACUGCUCUGGGUAGAGCAGCACUGUUCUCUUGUGGACCUUCGACCAGCGGUUUUGAAUUCACUGCGGUACCUGUGCACAGCUACAGAGAUCUUGACGGACCCUUCACGGCUACCUGAUGAAGCAAGGCAGGCGGUGAACAAACAGCAACAAGACCAGUGACCCGACGGGACUCAUUGACCUUCAGUUAUAACCUGUGGUGGUAGCACUUUCUAAGAAGUUUAAUUUACCGAGCAAAUGCUCCAGGUAACAUGUUGCAUGUUGCCCGAUCAUCUGGCACACAGCAGUUACAAAAUACUGGACAUUAUAAGCGGUAAAGCUGCAUUGACUGUUAUUUCUGUGGUAUAAUGUAAUACUUUUUGUGCUACAAGGUUAAUGGUGGCAGUUGUUGAUAUUGAUUUAGGAGGAGAAAAUUGUACCUAGUCCAUAUUAUUUGCCUGGAGAGACUGGGCCAAGCCAUGAAACCUCCCAGACAUGAUAGCCAGCCACAUUUGGUAGCCUUGUGUGGUAAGUUGGAGGACUUUUCACUGCCAAUUUUGAGUCAGAAUAUAUAUAAAUUUGAAACAAAUGGCAGUGAGGCUUACGUUGACAAACCUGUAGUGCAGAUUGAUGUUCAAUGAGUUCGCUGACCAAAGUGCAUCACAUACUAAUGCAAGUGAGAUUACAGCACUGACAGUCCCUCACAGGCCUUUUGUUUUAUUAAAGGCAGGUUACGCACAGUUCGUUGUGCUGUCAGUAGUUCAGAAUGAUUAAGGAUACAUCUUCCUUUUCAGGAGAAAUCCAUUUGAAACCAAAGGGUGCUUCUAGUUAAUUAAGUACAAGUUUUAUGAUGCCAUUUUAAGAUCUCUUACCAGUAGAUUAAACUGGAUCAUUUUGCCUAGUAAAAGAGAAUUUAUAAACCCAUUCCCAACUUCUUGCUGUAUAUUCUGUUUGCAGGGAUUUGCAACACAACACCACACAUGCAAUUGGGUCUGAUCUUUGUUCUGUGGUAAAGAUGAUGGUAGACUGUAAAUAUGUUCUUAAGUAAAUACUUUGGUAGAAUUUAUUUUAGGACUGUUUAUAAUCCUUUGUAAUUUGUUAAAAUGUAAUAUUUUAUUUGUCUUCUUUUGGUAUUUGACCCAGUGAAAAUGUAUAUACAGUGACUGUGUGAUAAUUCAGCCAGCAGCCAUGCAAGAAUGUCCGUAGUGCCAUAGUUAAAAUUUUACAUGGAGUAAUUUCUGUUAAUGUGAAAUAUGCAAUUUUUAAUAUAUGUGAUAUUGUACUUCAAAAAAUUUCAGAUAACCAGCUUGUUAUUUAUAUGUGGAGGUUAUUUUAUAUGAAAGUUAAUAAUUCUUUAAUAUUUUUCAUUUUUAUAAGAAAGUUCUUUCUUCAGCUUCUUGUUUAUAAAAUUUAUUGGUAUUGCACAAAUUGUGCAUUGUGUAUUAUGCUUGUCUUGCAGAUGCAACCUUUUGUUUUCAUCAGCUGAUUAAAUUUGUCUCCGUUAGCCGGGACAUGAACAGAAAUAAAUUUUGGACUGAAAACCAGAAUAUGACUAGUGUGAAGCUAACUUUUCAGUUGUCUAUUCCCAAAUUUGAGAAUGCAUUGAGAUUUGCCUCCAUAUUUGCUGUACAUCAUCAUAGUAGUGGUUUAAAUCAAUUGCACUGGAUUGCUAACCAAAAAUUGGAAUGACUGGUGUAAUUUUUGUGCAAUGAACCAAGUUGGUUCGAGUCUUUCUGUACGAGUGAACAUGACAUCCACUUUAGGUUGUUUCUUUUCUGCAAAUCCAGUCAAGGCGUUUUCAACAUGGAGAAAGAAUGUGCUUAGUGUAAUUUGGUAUUCUAAUUGUUAAUGUAGCUGUCUGCACAUUUCAUUAUGUAUAUAAAAAAGGAAAGGGUGUCAAGAUCUAGUACAUAGGACUGUGAACCAUUCUUAUUACUUAUAUUACAUCAUGUGAUAUUACAUACAGUAGCAAGCAUUUUUACAAAAUUUAACUUUUGCUAGAGCUAUAAAUUUUACUAAAAAGCAUUUUUGCACCAGUUAAUACUGAAGUAAUUUGUUAACAUUGUCUAUUCUAAAUAAGUUUUUUAAAUGUUGUAUAAUCUAACAUUAGUUCUUUUAUUGAAACAAUUUUGAACAAUGAUGUUAAUGACGUAUAAAUGUGAACUGUAUGGUAUGACUGAAUGUGAUGGUGACACCAUUUUUAUACUCUUUAAAUCUGAAUGAAUCCACCCUUUUUGGUAUUGUGUACAUUUCUCUCAUUAUUUUGUAUAAGAUGAUUUGCUUGAAACUAUAUAUGAUGGCAUGCGCGUACUCACUUCUAUAACCCUGAAGACUUGUCCUGUGCAUACUGCAUAUACAAGCUGUAUGCCAUAUGAACCUUAUUAAUGUACAAAGUAUGAUGACAGAAUACAUAUUUCCUGUGUUGCUAAUUGGCAACUUCCAGUUA